UUUUAAAAAAAAUUAGCUGAAAAGUAUUUGAAAAAAUAAAUUAUUUUGAAUUUUUUAAUUUAAUAACAUUGAUAGUGUCUAAUUUUAUUUAAAACCCUAAGACUCUUCAUGCUCUCCCUCACUCUCUCUCCAAUGGCUACUAUCGACGAAGAAAGAGCGACGAAAAUCCUAAACCAGGUAGAAUUUUACUUCAGCGACAGCAAUUUGCCCAGAGAUGAAUUCCUCCACAAAACCGUCAGUCAAAGCAAAGACGGCAUGGUGAAUUUGGAUCUAAUAUGUUCAUUCAGUAGAAUGAGGAAUUAUUUGGGUUUGGGAAAAACAAAAAGAGAUGAUAUUCCAGAAGUAAUCAUAAAGAAUGUAGCUGAAAUUCUUCGAAAAUCAGAUUUUCUCAAAGUUUCUGGUGAUGGGAAAAAGGUUGGUAGGAUUAAGGAGCUUUCUAACCCUGAAGAAGUUAUCGAGCAAGUUGAUGUAAGAACAAUAGCAGCUUCACCUUUUGCAUAUGAUGUCAAGAUUGAAGAUUUGGAGUCUUUCUUUGCUCAGUAUGGCAAGGUGAACUGUGUUAGGCUACCUCACCAUCUUGCUGAUAAAAGGUUUUUCUGUGGUACUGCAUUGAUUGAAUUUUCUGCAGAUGGAGAUGCUGAAGCAAUUUUGAAGCAAAAUUUAGCUUUUGCUGGUGCCAACUUGAAGUUAAAAACAAAGAAAGAGUUUGAUUAUGAGAGAAGAAAAAUGGAGGAUAUUGAGAAAUCCCCUAAGAAACCAAGCUAUCCCAAAGGUCUAUUGGUUUCAUUCUGUUUGAAGAAGAUGUCAAUGGGACUACACACAAAAAAGAAUGAUAGUUCUAAUCCAGGCAACGGUGGCACUCAAGUUCUCUCUGAAGAUAUCACGAAUGGCACCCAAAAAAAGGAAAAUAAAAAGCAAAAAAGAAAGAAAAAGAAGGAUAAAGAGAAAAAUAGCCAAAAAGAUAAAGAGAUAAUCAGUGAUGGAAAUGAGCAAAAACAUUCAGGAGAUGCUAAUUGCCAGCCCAGAGAAAAAUCUCUUGAAAAUGGCUGUCAAGAAAAGUUUACCGGGGAAGAAGCAACUAAAUGUUCUAUCCCUAAUGAAGAGGAUAUUGUCUCACGUGAAGACCUGAAAAAUGUCUUUCAACGAUUUGGCUCUGUUAAGCAUGUUGACCAUUCUUUGGGAGCAGAUGCUGGUUAUAUAUGCUUUGAAGAACAAGAAGCAGUUGUAAAAGCCCGUGCUACUGCAGCACUUGUUGAAGGUCUUACGGUGAAGAAAUUAAUUGCUUCCUUAGAAGCAGUUACAGGUGAAGCUGAAAGAGAGUACUGGAAAUCAUUUCAAAGAAAUCAAGAACACUUUGAGGAUCAGGAUAACAAAAGAGAAUGGAAAGGCAAAUUUGGCAAGCAUGGAAGACAUUCUAAAGGCAAACGCCAUCGCUCCAAAGAAAAUGAAUCGUCCAUCCAACAGCCAACUAAAGCUCAGAAGGUUGAAGCUGUCUAAGAACUUGAUACAGAUUGAUUG